AUGAUCAGAUUGUUUACGGAUUGCGGAUUGCUUAGACAGACUCCUAUCUGUUAUCUGGAGAAAUUGUGGUUGAAAGUGAUACGUACGGUUCUUGGAAAAUGCAGUAUGCGAAGAUCAUCAGCUCGUUGCACUCGUUUCUUGAGUUUACAAAGAAUAUUAUUAUUGUUCACUCAACUGAAGAUUAGUGUCAAACUUGCUGCGGAGAAUAUGGAUGCAGAAUGUGAUAGAGCACAAACGAAAACCCAUGUCAACGGAAGUUUUUAG